CUGUUUUACACAGCACACAUUCUGUUAGCUUUCUCUCACACCCGAUUACUUCUCACAGUUUGUUGUGCUCUACUCAAUUACUCGCUUUAAUCAAAUAUAUACACGGUACGCCCCCACCAAACAAAAAUUUACACAAACCCAAAUAACCGAAAAAAAUCUUAUAUUAGAUGAUCUGACAGGUCCAAUCCCGAUACAAUAACAGGGAUAUAUCCUUCGCCAACACGUAAAUCUUUCUAAUAAUUUCAUCUUUUUCGUUUUCCUGUCUGUCAAAAUAACUAUAUCAAAACCCCACUUCACUGAUUUUCUUUUUUUGCGUCAUAUUAUUAAUUUUCUCUCUCAAGGAAACUUUUUUUUGCAGAGAGAGAGAGAGAGAAAAUAAAGAGAGAUAUGGGAGAUGAUGAACAUGGUAGUAAUAGUAAUAAUGGUGGAAACAACAAAGAAUUGGAUAAAGUUCCAUUCUACAAAAUGUUUAGUUUUGCUGAUCGAUGGGAUUUGAUAUUGAUGAUUGUUGGGAGUAUUUCCGCUAUUGCUAAUGGAAUUGCGCCGCCAUUGAUGACUCUUAUUUUGGGUCAGAUUAUUAAUUCUUUUGGGAUUUCUAGUCGCGAACAUGUUGUUCAUGAGGUUUCUAAGGUAUCUUUGAAGUUUUUAUACCUGGCCAUAUAUACCGGCAUAGCUUGCUUCCUACAGGUAACAUGCUGGAUUGUAACUGGAGAAAGGCAAGCAGCAAAAAUCCGAGGACUUUACUUAAAGACGAUUCUAAGGCAAGAUAUAGCCUUCUUUGACACUGAAACAACUACUGGGGAAGUGAUUAGUAGGAUGUCAGGGGACACUGUUCUAAUUCAGGAUGCUAUGGGGGAGAAAGUUGGUAAGUUCACACAGUUAACAGCAACAUUUGUUGGAGGGAUAGCAAUUGCCUUCAUAAAAGGAUGGCUUUUAGCCUUAGUUUUGAUGGUAUGCAUCCCAGCCAUUGUAAUUGCUGGUGCUACCAUGGCAUUGUUGAUGAUGAAAAUGUCAAGUCGCGCUCAAAUGGCCUAUGCUGAAGCUGGUAAUGUUGUUGAGCAGACUGUUAGUGCCAUCAGAACAGUUGCAUCAUUUACAGGUGAAAAAGAUGCAAUUGAAAAGUAUGAUAGCAAGCUUAUAAUUGCGUAUAAAGCUGCCGCUAAACAAGGCCUAGCUUCAGGAUUAGGGCUUGGUGCAUUAGUUUUCGUAAUAAUGUCCACAUAUGCUCUUGCUGUAUGGUAUGGUGCCAAACUGAUCAUGGAAAAGAGUUACAAUGGCGGGGAAGUCCUCAAUGUGAUCAUGGCCAUGAUGACUGGCGGAAUGUCACUUGGACAGACAUCUCCAUGUCUAAAUGCAUUUGCAGCAGGGCAAGCAGCAGCAUACAAGAUGUUUGCGGCGAUAAACAGGUCGCCAAAAAUAGAUGCCUCAAGCACAGAAGGCAUUGUAUUGGAAGAUAUCAAGGGUGAAAUUGAGCUGAAAGAUGUAUAUUUUCGUUACCCAGCAAGGCCUGAUGUGCUAAUAUUUGCUGGAUUUAAUUUGCAAAUUUCUAGUGGAACAACUGUUGCUCUAGUUGGACAAAGUGGGAGUGGAAAAUCCACAGUUGUUAGCCUCAUAGAGAGAUUCUAUGAUCCUGAUUCAGGUGAGGUUCUCAUUGACGGUGUUAACUUGAAGCAGCUUCAGUUAGCUUGGAUCAGACAGAAGAUUGGAUUAGUCAGUCAGGAACCAGUACUCUUUACUACUACUUUAAAAGAAAACAUAGCUUACGGAAAGGAAGGUGCUACUGAUGCGGCAAUUAGGACAGCUAUUGAGCUUGCUAAUGCCGCAAAAUUCAUUGACAAGCUUCCAAAGGGAUUGGACACAAUGGUUGGGGAGAGAGGAACCCAACUUUCUGGUGGUCAAAAGCAAAGAAUAGCCAUUGCUCGAGCUAUUCUGAAAAACCCAAGAAUCCUCCUCCUAGAUGAGGCUACUAGUGCCCUUGAUGCUGAAUCUGAACGCGUUGUACAAGAUGCACUAGACAGAAUAAUGUCAAAUAGGACUACCGUCAUUGUUGCACAUCGAUUGACUACCAUCAAGAAUGCUGAUACGAUAGCAGUCGUUCAUCAAGGGAAAAUCGUAGAGAAAGGUUCUCAUGAGGAGUUGAUCAAAGACCCGGAAGGGGGUUACUCACAAUUGGUUAGACUUCAAGAAGGGGCCAGCGAAGAAGAAGCUGCCCUUAUGGAUCCUAGUAGUCUUGAUACGAGUAAUCUUGAAAGGGCAAUGAGUAGAUCAGCAAGUCAAAGAUUUUCAAUGAGGAGAUCAGCAAGUAGAGGUUCCUCCAGUGGCAGAAACUCCAUCUCCAUCAGCUUUAGUGUUCCCGGUCAUGUAAAUAUUCACGAGACUAAUGAAGAGGAUGUUUAUUUUGAUGAUGGUGAUUAUGAGAAAACUCAAAAACCUGAUGAAGAGGCGAAAAGAGAGAAAAGCAGAAGUGUUUCCAUGACACGUUUGGCUUACUUAAAUAAGCCGGAAAUCCCUAUCCUGCUGCUUGGAAGCUUUGGUGCUUGUGUACAUGGAAUUAUCUUUCCUUUGUUUGGAUACCUUAUCUCCUCUGUCAUCAAAAUCUUCUAUGAACCACCACGUUUGCUUCGCAGGGAUUCAAGAAAAUGGGCACUUAUUUAUUUGUCUUUAGGUGUUGCUAGUCUUGUAGCAAUACCUUUCCAGAAUUUUUGUUUUGCAAUUGCAGGAGGGAGAUUGAUUCGAAGAAUUCGUUUCAUGACCUUUGAAAAGGUUGUUCACCAAGAAAUUAAAUGGUUUGACGAUCCUGCAAAUUCAAGUGGAUCACUUGGCGCGAGGUUGGCAACAGAUGCAGCAAAUGUUAGGAGCCUUGUAGGGGAUCAGUUAGCUUUAUAUGUGCAGAAUAUAGCAACAGUAGCUGCUGGUCUUCUAAUAGCUUUUACUGCUAACUGGAUGCUAGCACUCAUUAUUCUUGCUGUGGCACCCUUUAUGUUUGCUCAGGGAUACCUUCAAGGCAAAUUUAUGAAGGGAUUUAGUGCAGAUGCUAAGCUAAUGUAUGAAGAUGCAAGCCAAGUUGCAAAUGAUGCAGUUGGAAGUAUCAGAACAGUUGCAUCCUUCUGUGCAGAGAAAAAGGUGAUGGAUUUGUAUCAAAAGAAAUGUGAGGCUCCGGUAAAAAAUGGUAUUCGUUUAGGAUUCAUUAGUGGUGUAGGCUUUGGUUUAUCAUUCCUCGCCCUUUACUGCACGAAUGCCUUUUGCUUCUACAUCGGGGCUAUCCUUAUUCAUCAUCGUAAAGCUACAUUUGCAGAAGUUUUCAAGGUUUUCUUUGCAUUAACAAUCUCAGCAGUAGGUUUAUCCCAAAGCAGCAGCUUGGCUAUGGACAAAAACAAAGCCAAGGACUCAGCUGUCUCAAUCUUCAAGAUAAUUGAUAGCAAACCUAGCAUUGACUCAAGCAGCGAAGAAGGGAUAACACAGGAAAGUGUCAAGGGUGAUAUCGAGUUGAGUCAUGUUAGCUUCAGAUAUCCAACUCGGCCAGAUAUUCAAAUAUUCAGUGACUUGAGCUUGUUUAUUCCAUCUACAAAGACUGUUGCACUUGUGGGAGAAAGUGGAAGUGGAAAAUCGACAGUAAUAAGCAUGAUUGAGAGGUUCUAUGAACCAGAAAAAGGUAAAGUGUUCCUAGAUGGGGUAGAGCUUCAGAAGUUCAAAUUAAGUUGGCUUAGACAACAAAUGGGGUUAGUGAGCCAGGAACCAAUACUGUUCAACGAGAGCAUCCGUGCAAACAUAUCAUAUGGAAAGCAUGGAGGUGCGACCGAGAAUGAGAUCAUUGAAGCUGCAAAAUCUGCAAAUGCACACAACUUCAUCUCAGGACUUCCACAAGGGUAUGACACCUCAGUGGGAGAGAGAGGUGUGCAGUUGUCAGGCGGGCAGAAACAGAGGAUAGCCAUUGCACGAGCGAUUCUAAAGAAUCCUAAGAUCCUUUUGCUUGAUGAAGCCACUAGUGCUCUUGAUGCUGAGUCAGAACGCAUCGUGCAAGAUGCUUUGGAUAGUGUAAUGGUGGAUCGGACAACUGUGGUUGUCGCUCAUCGGUUGGUCACAGUAAAGAAUGCUGAUAUUAUUGCUGUAGUCAAGAAUGGUGUCAUUGCUGAAAAGGGUAAACAUGACGACCUCAUGAAAAUUACUGAGGGAGCUUAUGCUUCACUUGUUGCUCUUCAUGCUACCGCUACUUCUACUUCUACUUCUACCACAUAGAGUUCACUUAGAACGUUUUGUCUGCAAAGUUUUUUGUAAACAAUUGAAGAUAUAUGUAAUUAGAAUGCUUUGGUGAUUUAAACCUGACAAUUAUUGUCUUUCUUCAUUUUUUUUCUUCUUCUGAAUUUUUAUGAAAUAUAUUGAAGAAGAUUUCAUUCAGCUAA